GUCCCAAACUGCCUACUUCCAUACUAUAUAGUAGGCAAAGAGUGCGAGAAGUAGUGCUUUUCGCCUACUAUAUAGUAUGGAAGUAUGUGGUUGGGGACGCAGUUAGGCGUGGCAUGUAACGUCACGCUUGGAUGUGGGCGAUGAAGUUGCACUCAGACGCUUUUCUUGCAGCGAACAGCCGAGCACCGUUGGGAAGAGUUGACAUUUGAGUUGCUGUCCGAACGUGAUCGAUGUGGUUUGUUGAGAGAAAGAAGCCAGAUAAGGGUUACCGUUUGUUAAGGGAUUUACCGAUCAAUAUUAUUUUUCGAGGAUUCUCGAGUUAUUUUUUUAAACACGGAAGUGCUCAGAAGUUUGUAGACGUAGAGUGUUUGUAAACGUUUCCGUUCACAUAACAAAAACAAAUAACGUUAAGUCGUGCAUUGCCAUGAAGACUGUUCUGAGGUGGAUUGUUUGGCUAAUAAUAUUAGUUACACAGUUUCCUGAAGGAAUAUUCUCUCAGAGUGUUUCAGUAUUGGUAAACCAGCGAGCUACACUCUUCAGGAACGCUAGCAGCUGUGAAAAUGCCGAAUUAAUAAAGAGCUACCCCACAAAAGCAACUAUUGCCACAUGCAACAAACAUCUGUGCGCUCCUGAAGAAGAUUUUCAAGAAAAAAUCGACUUUGAAGACACAAGUAACAAUUUGGUAUUCAAAUUGGCCAAAUACAAUGACUGGGGCACCUAUGAAUUCAUCUGCAAUGGGAAGAAACAUUUUGUUAGAUUGGAUGUUUUAGUUGCUGAAAACAAGACUGCCCGACCAUCGAGCAAUAUCACCCUUAAAUGUUUUGCGAAGAAUGCAAAGGAUGUGACGUGGAUCUGUGAUGGUAAAAGAGUUCUCCAUUGCAAGAAGAAUGAAUCCCCAAGUUUUGGUGAAGGCUUUGAAAGUAGAGUAUCACUGAACGAGGGCUGCUUUGAAGAUGGUGAUUGCUCUCUGACUCUCACUGCUGUUUCCAAGACGGAUUCUGGACUUUACCGUUGCUUUGCUGAUGAUGAAUCUACUGAAGGAUCUCCACAUGCACAUGUGGUUUAUGUGAAUGAGGAUCCCUCCAGCCCAGAAGGAAACCAUACAGAGAAUAAUGUGUGGCGCUCUGUUGCCAUCACUUUUAUCCUCAUAUCUUUGGUUCUUGCUGUGGCACUCUAUAUCGUGUGUAAAAGGUCCAGAGCAGUAUCCAAAGCUGCAAAUCAAUCAACAUCAUCUGCAUCAUCACAGAGUGAGAAUGAGCCCUCAGAAAAUCAUCCCAUGCUGGAAUCUAUCACAACUCAACAUGAUGACAGUCAGUCAACACAAAUAACCACUCAACCCGUUCAAGAGAGUGACAAUAAUCCUAAAUCUUCAUCAACUGUGCCAUUUUAUACUGAUAUGCCCGACCUGCAAUAAUGCAAAGACCGUCUAGGUCUGUUAUUUUCAUUUUGGUUUGUUUCUAUCAGAGGGCAUUAUAAAUUAUGAAUAGAUCAAAUCUUUGUUAAAGAAGAAGGAAACUGUUGAGCCAAAUUUUAAUGUGAACUCCCAGCAGACUAAGUUUUUUUUAAACGAUAUGUUAUUGAAUGUUUUGUAAAAAGAUGACCGUUUUAGAGCAUUAGAGUUGUGUCCUUAAAAACAAAGACAAGCUCCUAUUUACCAAAUAUUUAGCAUUAUUUCUAGUAAGAUUGAAUAUGUAUGUGAACUCAAGAAGCUUGUUGUCGAGUACAGCCGCCCUUUUAGCCUCUGACUUUAAAGAAUUGACAUUGCAUAUCAGCAUCUUAAAAAUGUUACACUUCCUCUGUUAUAGACUUGGUUACAUUUCCAUUAAUUAAAUACUUUAGCAGACACUUUUUCUAAAGCGACUCACAAAUAAAAGAGCAUUUCGUUCAAGUAUAGUCCACAAUGCUAUGUUUACAAGUAAAAAUAGCAGGGCUAGGUAUAAACUGAUUCUCUGAUCUUAAAGUUAACAAAACUGUAUUGAUUCAGGUAAUCCAUGAAUCGGUUUUUAAUGUGCAUGAAUCACUUUAACGGAUGUUGAUAUUUUCCUUACUUCAUUUCUUGUCCUGCAAUGUUGCCAUCAUUCAAGUUUUCUACAGUACACUUAAUACAAUCAAAGACAGAGGAUCAUAGCAGAAGGUUAAGUUAGCCAAUUGAAGCCAGUGCUGCCAAAAUCAAAGUCUGAUAGAAGUAUUUUAUGUUCAAAUGCAAUGAUGUAAAGAUGAGUUCAACUAUUUUUUUGUGUGUGGUAUGCCAGACAAAGUCUUUAUGACUUGAUUUUGAACAACUUUUAUGAUGUUUGUAAUGAAUUUUACUGUUGUAUAUGUAUUAUUCAGUUUGUGCACUUACUGUAUUUAUACAAGGUACUGUAUUUGGUACUCACCUUUGAGCCACAGGUAGACGCUGUCUGUAAGAAAUCACAUCAACGUAUGUUUUUUUACCGUAAACUUUGGAAUUUUAAUGUUGAUAAUACUUUUAUGAGGAUGUUUUACUGUUGUUUUAUUGAAUCCACUAUUUCAUUUGCUCUUGUGAGUUGGUUCGAGUCCCUUUCACUUAAAAACAAGAACAGAAUCCCUUGCCUGAUUUAAACACUUUAUAUGAGACUAGGACUGUCAAGAAGGCACAUUCAAUCUUAGCUGAUCCAUGCCACCCAUUGUACUGCUGUUUUAUUUUGUUGCCGUCAGGUCGUAGAUUCAAACUGCCUAAAUGCAGGACCAACAGACACAAACAUUCUUUUGUCCUCGCUGCUAUAGGUGGUCUUAACAAGUUAAUGUGAGUUGCGGACUUCUGUGUUGUAUGUAUUUAAUUUAUUUCUGUUGAUUGUAUGGUUGUUGUUUUGUGUAAUGUGUAUUGUAUGCUGCUGCUGCACAACAAAUUGCCCCUCGGGGAUAAUAAAUAAAGUUUCUUCUUUC